UCAUCCCAACCAUUCAACCUUCUUCAUUCUCACAAUUUCACACUUCAAUCUACAUUCCACCAAGCUCUUUCUGCAUCAUGAGUUCCCCUAAUAGAGAAACUGAGGAGAGGCAGCAGGAAGAUGAUGAUAGGAAAUGGGAAUAUGAGUUUCAGCUUGACUGUGAAUGUCAACAGAUGAUGGGGGUGGCAGGAGCCUUCCUGUUCCAACAACAAUCAUCCUCAUCUCGUCAUCUUUCACGAUCAUGCAAAUCGUGUUUCGUAACAGGGUAGAAACACACCAACGCUUGAUGCAACAAUAUUUCAUCCCAAACCCAACCUACGACGUUAGGUUCUUUAGAAGGAGAUUUCGGAUGCCCCUAUCCUUGUUCAACCAAGUCAAGACAUACAUUGUUCAACACGACUCCUUUUUCAAACAAGGGCAAGAUGUUGUGGGUCGCUUCUUAUUCUAAUCAGAACAAAAGAUUAAUACUGUCCUCCAGAUGCUUUCCUAAACAAGGGCAAGAUGUUGCGACUCCCUAGAUGAGACCUUUGAUAUGGGCGAGACCACCGUACUUCAGUGCGUGCGUAAAUUCUGUAAUGCCAUCAUCUGCAUCUAUGACCCUGAGUACUUACGAGCACCAAAUGUGGAGGAUCUUUGCAGCGUGCAUGAUCACAUCGAGCGGCGUGGCUUCCCGGGUAUGAUCGACUCAACCGUCUGUAUGCACUGCGGGUUGAAAAAUUGUCCAAUGGCGUGGCAAGGCCAAUAUACUGGAUACAAGGGGAAAACAACCUAUGUCCUCAAAUCUGUAGAGUCAUACGACACGUGGAUUUGGCAUGCCUUCUUCGAAAAUGCUGGGUCAAACAACUUGAACACUCUUGGAGUCUCUUCACUUUUCAUGACGUAGUCAGAUGAAAUCUUCCAAAAGUCAGGUAUACGGUAAAUGGUACAAUUUACAAUCAAUGUUGUUACUUGACUGACAUGGUUUAUCCUCAAUGGUCUACAUUUGUGAAGACCAUUAGCAAUUCUAGUAACUAGAAAAAGAAGUUGUUCGCAAAUUGGCAAGAGUCAUACCACAAGGAUGUUGAGAGAGCCUUCGACAUUCUACAAGAAAGAUGACCCAUUGUUAGAAUAACAGGACGGUUUUGGG